UUAUAAGCGCGUCUCUGUAACGACUCGAACCAUCACAACAAUCGUACAGUCGUUAAACCUCUCGCGGGCCGGAUCAAAUGACGUGGCGGGCCGGAUGUGGCCCGCGGGCCGUGAGUUUGACACCCCUGCUCUAAAAGCUUUAACAUGGGCUACAUCGAACGUUUGGACUGGAACUGGUGUGCGUAUGUGGUGAUGAAAACUGUUACCUGUGUUAUGGAGGAUGGAGUGGAGACCUACGUGAAGCCAGAAUAUCAGCACUGUUGGGGCCAGUGCUCCCGGGCUUUGUUAUAUCGGACAUACAGAAGACCAAAGUACAAGAUUGCUUACAAAAUGGCCACAGAGAUGGAGUGGAAGUGCUGUCAUGGCUACUCAGGUGAAGACUGCAGUGAUGGUCCUAACACCAAUUCUCAGAUCAGCACUGGUAGACCGUCUACAUCACUGACUGGAUCGAGUACUGGGAAUGAACUGAAAGGUGGAGAAGGAAAAGGGGACAGUGAAAAGAUCACACAACUUGAGGAAACGAUUCACAGUCUGACUAAGGAGCUCCAUGACAUGCAGUCCACCUUACAUAGAGUAAAUCAGAGAAUAAUCGAGGAGUCACAGUGGUCACAAAAUCUUGCUGAUGCUGCCAAGCCAGAAAUGAGGGAAACCAUUAACAGUAUUCAGACUAAGCUGGAUUUGCUUAACAACAUGACUCAAGUACAUGAUAGAACCCUAACCACUAUCAACAACCAUCUAGGCAAUACCAAUGGUGCGGGCAACGAGCUAGACAGGGGAGGUCGCUAUAAUACAUUGAAAGAAGAAAUUCUACGUGAGCUAGAGCAUCGCAUUUCACUGUCCUGCUCUGCCUGCCAAAGUGGAGUGGAGAACAUUAGACAGCAGCAGCAGGAGGACCGGGAGCGAAUCCGGGCCCUAGAAAAGCACAUGAGUGUUAUGGAGCAGCAUCACAAGCAGACGGUGGAGGUCUUGCAGAGGGAGCUGCUCCACUCUCAAAGCUGUUGUGACUCCAUUGUGGAUCUUGAGAGGAGAGUCAAUGCCGUUGAAAAGAAGGUUAGUUCGAAUGCAGAAUUGGUUGAUUCCAUACAACGUCAAAAUGAUUAUUUAAAGGAGACCAAUGGAGGUGGAGGCUCAUUAGAAGAGAGACUAAAAAAACGGCUGAGAGACUUGGAACGGCGACUGAAUGGAACUGUGAGGAAAGCUGAGCAGAAAUGCUCUCACACCGAGACAAGCAUGAAGGAACUAUUGCAGCGAGAAAUCAGUCAAAUACGCAACUCUGUCCAUGGUCAAAAUCAUGGUCAUGGAAUUAGAAUUUCUGACAUUGAGGUGGAUUUGAAAGGACUUAAGGAGUCCAUUUAUGACCACAGGGAUCGUAUAACUGAGAUGAAAAACAAGACAUCAGUCAGUGAUGACUUGUUGAAGUUGGCAGUUGCUGCAUGUGCAGAGACAUGUGCUUCUCAGGAAAAACAAGCAACAACUGAAGAUACUGUAAAAACUCUGGAGUGGAGGGUCAUCACCAACAAAGAAGAAAUCCAGCGGUUUGACACCAAACUGAAGGAUCUCUCAGUGUCUGGUGACUCCCUGAUGAAUCAAAUUUCAGACCUAAAUCACAACGUUCAGAAAAUCAACCUUUUGAUGGGUGAAAAUGGCAAAAACUUCAAUAACAUAGUCACCCAAGUAGAGAUGUUAGGCAAUAACUGUGGUGAUUGCAGAUCUGAUUUCAGUUACGUAGAAGAUGAAAUUAACAAAUUAAGAAACACAACCAAUGGGGCUUUUAAAAAAUGCCAGAGUGAAAUCACCAACCUACAGCGGAAGGUUGAAUCUAAUGAAACCACAUGCUCCAAGGUGUGCUCAAAUUUGCAGGAAGAGGUAGGAAUUCUUAAGGAGGAGGUUGAAAAAUGCCAGGAUAGCAUGAGUGAACACCAAAAACACCUUAACUCUCAAAAUGUCAUAACCAACAGACUGGAAAAGGAACUCAAGUCCCUUCAGGGUGAGCACCUAGAAGUCAUCCAGACCUUCAGCUCUAUUAAUAACACUUUGAAAGGGCUUGGACACACCAUUCAAAGACAUGGAAACACAAUAGUUGACUUGGGAUCCUCAAAAGACAGGAUUUUCUCAGAGAUUGACAAUAUCCAAGAGAAGUUCAACAAGCACAUGGAGAACAGUCAGGAGCAUUUUGACAAAAUUGGACGUGAUAUACAGAAAUUGAAUAAUACAAUGUUUGUUGAAAUGGGUGAGUGCAAACAUGUUGGAGAGGGGAUGGAGAAGAGGCUUUUGAAAUUGGAAAACGUCUGUGGCAGGAUGGAUUCAGUCACAGAAAGUCUGCUACAGAUCAAGGAUGUGCUGAACAGACAGGUAACAGGACUCUGGACAUGUGUUAAUGGGCUCAAUGCUACUGUCAUUACUCAAGGACAAGCCAUAGACACUUUUGAGAAUGUUCAUUUGGAGAAUAUCCACGGCAAGUUAAACAACCUCAACUCAUCACUACUGCACAUGAUUGCUGAGUUCCAGACCUUCAUCGAGCAAGACUUCACUGGACCACCUGGACCAAAAGGAGAAAUGGGCUACCGAGGCUUGCCGGGGCCGUUGGGCCCACCUGGCAUAGAAGGUCCCCAAGGCAUGCCUGGAAGGGAGGGACCAAUGGGACCCCCAGGUCUAAGAGGUGAAGAAGGUCCUCCAGGAGAUGAUGCAGCAGUACCAAGACUGUCCUUUUCAGCAGCCCUCACACAACCACAAAUUGGUGCAGGCACAAUUAAAUUCAACACAGUCUUUGUCAACGAAGGGGAGUCUUACAAUCCACGCACAGGGAUAUUUACAGCACCAGUAAGCGGCCGUUAUUUCUUCAGCGCAGUCCUGACCGGCCACAAGAAUGUAAAGAUUGAGGCUGUGUUGUCCAAGUCUAACAAUGGUAUUGCUCGUGGUGACUCAGCUGGCUACCAACCAGAGGGCCUGGAGAAGCCAAUGGCUGAGGCCAAACACAUGCCAGGCUCUCUGGUCGUGUUUAACAUCAUACUUCCUCUGGAACAGGGUGACACUGUCUGCGUUGACCUGGUCACAGGGAAACUGGCUGAUUCUACUGAACCUCUUACCAUGUUUAGUGGGAUGCUACUGUAUGAUAUUUUGGAUGCAAUAUCAUAAAAAAAGAACUCAUACAACAGGAGAAAUUAAACUGGAGAUGUGCAGAUUUAGCUGAAGGACUAAAUAAAAAUGUUUUUUACAUUGU